AUGGACUAUGAUACGACGUACGACAACGACAAACGCAUCAAGUACAGCACAGACAUCAAAGCGGCAUUGGUCGUCAUGGCCAGCGAGAACGAAUUGAUGGACGUACACAUGACGAUGCAGGAUGUGGAAGACCGGUUCAACCAGUACCAUGGAUACCCGUGGGUCAUACUCAGCGAUCGUCCGUUCAGCUCGCGGUUUCGACGGCUGUUGUCGAAAAGACGAAAGAAUGUGUACUUUGGUCGGAUCCCGCCUGGACAGUGGAACGAGCCGACGUGGGUGGAUGUCAAAAGCGCGGAGAAGGCGGCGCUGGCGAUGGGCAAGGAUGGCAUGUAUCAUGGCGAAUCUGUAAGCUGGCGUAAAGCAACGCGGUAUAAUGCUGGGUAUCUGGCUCAACACCCGCUGCUGCAAGAUGCAGAGUACUAUUGGAAGGUGCAGCCCAGAUCACGCUACAUGUGCGACGUGAAAGAAGAUCCGUUCCAAAUGAUGAAGGAAAAGGACCAAAAACUCGCAUUUGCAAUGACAAUGAAAGAAGACGAACGUCAAAUCAGGACGUUUUGGAGCGAGGUGGUCAAGUACAUUGGACAAGAGAACGUUGAUUCAUUCGUUCCGCACUCCGAUUCCAUUUUACCAUGGAUUCUUGAUACGGGCGCGCAGACGGAUGAUGAUGACAUGGAGCCACCGACAGUAAAGUACAACGGCAACCAUUUCUGGAACAACUUUAUGAUCAUCUCACUCGACUUUAUGCGAUCCGAGCCAUACCAACGCUUCUUUCAACAUAUGGACAGUACGGGAGGGUUCUUUUAUGAAAGAUGGGGCGAUGCGCCAUUUCAAACGGUAGCCGCGGCUUUAUACUUGCAGCGCAACCAAGUGCACUUUGUGGAAAAUCUGGGUUAUUGGUUCAAUGUGGCAUUGCAGUGUCCAAGCGACGUCGUGGCCCACCAGGAGCUCAGGUGUACCUGUGCUUCUGAAGCAUCAUUCUUGAACCGACCGGAAAGCCGGACCAAGGAGUUGCUUCAAUUGCAGCAGCAGCAGCAGCAGCAAAGUAAUCGCGAUUGA